UCUCUUUGUUAAAGAGUUUAACUCACAAGCUGAACUGAAUUGAAAGACAUGCCGCCACUUUUGGUCAGCAGAUGUAGAUAUCCAGUUAAUUCAGUUUGUCUCAUUUAAUACCGCUACGAGUCAUGAAGGGAGUGGUUCGUUCAGCAGGUCCAGCCAAUGAAAUGCUCCAUCACAACCCGCCUGGAAUGCUGUCGGUUCGCGUUUUGCUCAGCAAACCUGCGCUUGAAACGGGAGAACUUCAGCAAACUAAAUAGCUAGGAGUCAAACCAGACCGAUUCUUCCAUUUAAAAGAUUCGUUCAAAACCAAAGAUUCUUCCGUAAGCGAAAAGCCUCAACGGAGAAGCCAAGUUUGUAGACAUCAGGCAAAAUGUAAAGGUUACAUCUACCAGGAGGACAAAAAAUGGGUUUGUGUUUAAAGCAGGCUGAAAAACGGAACCAACCGGCAAAAAAAUAUAACACAUGUUGUAAUUACAACAUUAUAUAGCUAUUUAAAUACCACAGUGUGUGCCAUAACAUGUCAGACUUACAGAUGCGAAAACCUGAGAUACACAGAGCAAGUGAAUCAUAAAACACAACAGGAUGAUUUUUGCAGGUUUAGAACCCGCCCAUAGAAAGAGACUUGCAAACGUCAUGGUUUCUCGCCUCAUGUUAUUUUUCUAGACAAACUAAGCCGAUUACAGAGGCGGUCUCGUUGAGGAAUUUCGGCCAUGUCUUGUGUGCGUAAGCUUCGCAAAAGGACGAAAUCCCAGGAGUUAGUUUACCAAGAGCAGUGCAAGGUCGUGGCACAAGAGAAUGGGAAACGCAUAGGUCUGGAGGGAGACCCAGACCUGCAGUUUUUGCUGAAAGGUGGAGACUUACUAAAGGUGAAGUCCAAGUCAUGGAGAAAGACCCGCUUAUUUCGACUGAAUGAAGACUGCAAGACUGUGUGGCAACAGACCAGCAAGACUUUCAAGAGUGACUCCAGCUUCAGUCUGGAGGACAUCGAUUCAGUGCGGUAUGGCCGUCAGACUGAAGGGCUGCAGAAGUACACUGACUCCUCAGUGGAAGACCGCUGCUUCUCCAUCAUCUUUAAAGGUCGACGGAAGAAUCUGGACUUGAUCGCCUCAUCCAAAGAGGAGGCCAAGAGAUGGGUCAGCGGUCUGGAGAAGGUCAUGACUGGCAUGCACAGCCUCAACCGACAGCAGAACAGUGAACACUGGUUCUAUAACUGCAUGCGCAAGGCAGACAAGAAUGCAGACAACAAAAUGUCCUUGAAGGAGUUGAAGCAUUUCCUACGUCAGAUCAAUAUCGAGGUGGACGACAGUUACGCCGAGAUGCUUUUCAAGAAAUGUGACACAUCAAACUCAGGCACUCUGGAGGGAUCUGAGAUUAAACACUUCUACGAUUUACUGACUUACCGGGAGGAAAUUGAUGUGAUCUAUGGAAAGUACGCGAGUACUAAUGGACAGAUGAGCUCUGGCGACCUGUUGUACUUUCUUCAAAAUGAGCAGAGGGAGUCAGUGUCUUUGGAGUAUGCAAAGAAGCUUAUUGAGAAAUAUGAGGUGGAUGAGACAGCCAAACAGAACAAGUACAUGAGCAAAGAUGGUUUCCUGAUUUACCUGAACCAUGAAGAAGGCUCCAUCUUUAACCCCGCCCACAAACCUAUAUACCAAGACAUGCAUCAGCCACUCAAUCAUUACUUCAUUUCCUCUUCCCACAACACCUAUCUGAUGGAGGACCAGCUGAAGGGGCCUAGCAGCACAGAAGCCUAUAUCAAAGCGCUGAUGAAGAGCUGUCGCUGUGUGGAGCUGGAUUGCUGGGACGGUGCAAACGGAGAGCCGGUCAUUUACCACGGCCACACGCUCACAUCCAAAGUGCUCUUCAAAGAUGUCAUCAAAGCCAUCAAAGAAUAUGCUUUCAAAACCUCACAGUAUCCAGUGAUCCUGUCUUUGGAGAACCAUUGCUCCACAGAGCAGCAGAAGAUCAUGGCCCAUCACUUAACCUCCAUCCUGGGCAGUGCUUUGCUCACUCAGCCCCUGGGGCAUCAAAUGCCCAACACUUUUCCAGGACCUGAGGAGCUGAAAGGACGUUUCCUGAUCAAGGGCAAGCGUUUGAACAAACUGGAUGCGGCAUUCAACAACAACGCCACAGAGGACGUGGACAGUGUGUCAGAGGAAGACGAGGCUGCUGAACUCAAAGAGGCUGAACAGAAACCAAAGGAAAAGAGUUCCAAAAAGAUCAAGCUGGCUAAGGAGCUGUCAGACCUGGUCAUCUACUGCAAGAGUGUCCAUUUCAGCAACUUCGAGCAUUCAAGAGAUAACCAAGCUUUCUAUGAGAUGGCCUCCUUCAAGGAGAGCAAAGCAAUGAACCUGGCAGAAAACUCAGCUACGGCAUUUAUUCAUCACAACAUGGAUAAGCUGAGCAGAAUCUACCCAGCUGGCUCCAGAACCGAUUCAUCCAACUACAAUCCGGUGCCACUGUGGAACGCCGGCUGCCAAAUAGUGGCUCUAAACUUCCAGACUCCUGGUAAGGAGAUGGAUCUGAAUCAGGCCCGCUUUCUACCUAAUGGCAAGUGUGGCUAUAUACUUAAGCCAGAGUUUCAGAGGGACCCUGCCUCACAGUUUGACCCCGCAAACCUCAGAGUAGGCCCCUGGCUGAAGAGAAAGACCUUGCAUGUCAUGAUCAUAUCAGCCCAGCAGCUGCCUAAGAUCAAUGAAAACAAGCAGAAGUCCAUCGUGGACCCUCAGGUCAAGGUGGAGAUCUACGGUGUGCCCGACGACAUCGCCAGCAAACAGACACACCACAUUGACAACAAUGGUUUCAAUCCUCAGUGGAACACUAAAUUCCAGUUCACUAUUCACGUGCCGGAACUGGCCUUGGUGCGGUUUGUGGUGGAGGACUACGACGCUGCUUCCCAUAAUGACUUGAUUGGCCUGUACACUCUGCCCUUCACCAGCAUGCAGAAUGGAUACCGCCAUGUGCCUCUGCUCACGAAGAGAGGAAAUCUCAUUCCUUCAGCGGGACUGUUUGUACACAUCAUGGCUCUUGAUGCCUAAUAAACUCCAACAUUCCCCUCAGUCUUCGCAAUGUCAAAGUGUGCAGAUCACUGAACAAGACAAUCCUCUAAACUGUCCUCUACAAACACUUUUAGGAUAAGAUUUGGACCUUUCCUCCUUACCAUAUGAGUUCAGAGAUGUACCUUAAAAUGCUUCAUGGAAUUAGUGCAUGCGGUUCAUUUUUGAAAAACAGGUGGGGUAAAAAAAAAAAAAAACCAAAUAACUGAAGACGUUAGAAAAAUUCGACACAUUCUUUGUCUUCUGAUUUUUUUUCCAUAGCAUGCAAAUUGAAUAAAUUUAAACAAAUACUGUUUAAAUAAAAAAUAUAUAUAUAUAAAAUAUAUUUUAUUUAAAGUUAAUUUAAAUUUUAACAUUUUAAGAAAUAGUUGAAGAUUUUUUGACUACCAGUUAGAGUAGUACUUUCUACUGCUGUCAAAUCGAUUAAUUGUGAUUAAUUGUAUCGAAAAUUAAAGUUGGUGUUUACAAGUGUUGGGGUAAUGCAAGUAAGUAACACAAGUUACAUAAUCAGAUGACUUUUUUUCAAGUUACUAGUAAAGCAACGCAUUACUUUGAAAUUUACAAGGAAAUGUAUAUUUACAAGAAAUUAUAUUUUUCAAGUAAGUAACGCCUUGCUUCCCAAUUUAUUCACUGACACAUCUACUUAGGCUUAUUAAUUUCACUUUUGGUCUAAAAGGGUCUUUACAGUUGCCAGAAAGAUAACUUUUGUGGUUUUUGUUAUUAAUAAACAAAUACGCAAGCAAAAAUGUAACGCAUUACUUUCCAUUAAGAGUAAUUAAGUAAUGCAAUUAGUUAUUUAUUAAAGGGAUAUUCCAUCC